CUUGUGUGCCUGUGUGCUUGUAUGCCUGUGUGCUUGUAUGCCUGUGUGCUUGUGCUUCCAGGCCGGCCAGGACUCAGAACCAGAACACGUACGACGCGAUCCGGAGCUUGCAUCCUCACCUUGUUGCUUGUUGCUUGUUGCUUGCUGCUGCAUCCGUGGGACCUGGGUGUGACGGCAAUGAGGGAUCGCCCUUCAUACAUGGGAAUGCGAGGAGCCGGGGUCGGGUACAUCCUAUGAUGAUAUCCCCACAGAAUCAUGAAUGGAAUUAUUAUGGUGAUACCGAUCCCCGAACAACGACAACGGAUAAAUGGAAAAAUGGGAAAAAUCCUUUGACAUCCAUCGUUCGCAUGAUUAUUCGCCGCGGGAGUUGAGCGAAGUGGAGCGAAGUGAUGUGGAGCAGUG